AUGGACGCAGUCCUCGACCCGUUCGAAGAGCUGGCCGAGUUGGACGCCCACAUCGAUUUCGCAGUUUCCGAGCAGUGCGCUACCGCCCCGCCCGAGACGCUGUCUUCGGUAGGGGGCGAUGAGGCGGCGCAGACCGUCGACCCCGUGGUAUGGGACCCAGGGCAGCCGCGGCGUGCUACGCGGUCCGACCCUGAUGCCGCUCCGCCCGAGACGCUGUCCUCGGUAGGGAGCGAUGAGACGGCACAAGCUGUCGACGUGCAUGUGGUGCAGGAACCAGGGGGGCCUUCGCCAAAGGCAAACCCUGAUGCCGCCCCGCCCAAGACGCAGUCCUUGGUAGGGGGCGAUGAGAUGGCGAAAGCUGUCGACACGCCCGCAGGGAAAGGGCCAUGGAAGCCCAGCAGCCCGAGAGCCGACCCUAGUCCCGCCUACCAAGGCGAAGGCCCUACGAAGCCCCCGCUGUCAGACCAUUCCCUGUUCUUCUCCAACAUUACUCAAUGGGGGCCACAGUCGGAGAAAUGGUUGGCAGGACCAGGCACGCAAUAUCAGAUGGUAGCAUUAGUUGAAACACACAUCUCGCCUGGAAAAGCGCCGCCCAUCUACGACAAGCUAGCGGCGGAUGGUUGGGGGAUAUCAUCGACUACGGCCACUCCUACCAGUAGAUCAGACGGCGGCAACACGGGUGGCGAGAUCAUCUUAUCCAGGUACCAUGUCCAGGCCACCACGUUCAACCACCUCCGUGACCUUGCCAUCUCCCAGCGCAGGCCUGACCCGUUCCACGGCUUCACGCCCAUGGUAUGGCACAGACGUUCUGGCAACUUGGUUGUUAUUGCUGCGUAUCUGGAACCCCGCAGGCAGAUCGAGGGUGCAGUACACGAUAAGCUACUUUCGCUGGGAGCGUUCGUUACUAUGCUCACAGACCCUUGGAUCAUCCUGGCCGAUUGGAACAUGACACCGGAGCAGCUUGCAGCGACAGAGUGGCUCGCCAAAUGGAAUGCUACCAUCGUGCGAGCACCUGGAUCCGCCACUUGCGACAAGGGCCAGGGACUCACGCUUGAUUUCGCAUUGGUCAAGACUGGCAUCGAGCACACGAUCUCCAUUCGCCAGUGCCCCACAGUACCCUGGGCCACCCACGUUGGCCUUGAAGUUCGAGCAGGCAGUGCAGACCCCUGGUGGUAUCAGUCGAUCGAUGCCCCCAAGUCCUUCCCCAUAGUGGACAGACCCAGGAUUCCGCCAGACCCCAACAGCAAGACCGCCAUCAAGAAACGUAAAACAGCUGAAGCUCGAGCAGCACGUCUCCGUGAUCUACCUCCUGAACUCCAACAAGCAGCAGCACAGCUUCAGCCACAAGACGAGCCCGCAGCACAGGAACCUAUCCCCUAUGCCAUCCCGAUGGACUUGUGGGAAAAACAAUGGCAGGAAGCGGUGCCCACACGUUGUAAGCAGCCACACGCGCACUUCGCGUACAGACACUGGGUGCACGACGCCGACGUCCUCAACCUCAAGUACGCCAAAUGGGUCACGGCGCUCGAGAACACCAUGAUCAGCCACCACCAGAUUGACCCGAAGGAAGCUGCAGCAUACACUGGCCGAGCUCAGGGCUACCAGUUAUCUUGGAAGAAGACAGCUGCUGCCCCAGGCCGCGUGCACGUACACGACCCACAUUCGGAAUGGUGGGCAAUUACGCUCACCCUCAUCAAGCGCUACGCCGCGCUUCACGACAAGCCCAAGCACACAGCGCUUAUGCAGCAGCAGGCCACCAUCAUCCAGCAGCGCGCGGACCACUUCAACACUCACAUGCACGACCUUCAGUUCGAGAAGGAUGAGGACACCAUUUUCCGCUGGUUUGCGCUCGUCUGGGCCCCGCACCUGGACAAGGAUGACACCUACGACUUGGUCACCAUUACCGCUACCUGGGCCUCCAGAGCCCUCUCGGCCGCCCUCGCCAAGUCCAAGAGGGCCUACGGGGCUUGGCUCGCCCAGCAAUGGAAGCACCGCCCUGGAGUACUACACGCCCAUGUCAAGCCAGCACCCGCACGUCGCAUCGAGGCCUACACGGCCAACCUGACCAUCGCUGACCCCACCGCCAUCAUGGACAACAAGAAGCAACAAUGGCAGCAAGUAUGGCAAGCCACCGAGACCUCCGACGACAUCCUCCAGGCCCUGUCAAAGGCCAAGGCAGCAGCUGCUCAUCAACCGCUCGAGCCCAUCACAGCCGAGAUCGACCUCGCGACCUCCAUCGAUUACCAGAACCAGCAGUCGAAGCUUAUGCAGCGUACGAAGGACGGCUACAUCGAGGAGUGGAACCUCCCCCCUGCCGACGACCCCGACCUCCUCGACGCCGGCAUUCACACAGUAUUGCAGGACCUCAGCGAGGAUUUACACAGGCUCCUCUGGACGCAGGCCGCUACGCAUGCCCAUGGAGACACGCUGGCUGGAGGCGCAGACAUGGUCACUAUCCGCAUUGAACAAAGGAGGUUCCUCGCAAACGGCGACUUCAGCGACUGGGCCCUCAACAACACCAUCAUCAGCGGAGGACAGUGGACCAGAGACCGCCUCCACAACGCGGGCUACCAGAUCGACAGGAACUGCGACCGCUGCAGCGCUGGCCAGGCAGCCUCAGAGGUAAGAAUAAGAAUGGAGAUCUCUGGCUGGGAAUUCGGCAUCUCGUGCAGGAUCGACCUUGCGGUGCUGUGGUCGAGGGGUCCCCGUGUGAUCAGUGGCAAGGCGAUACACCCCUCCCACACGUUGGCCACCAUCCCCAAGUGGCAAAUGUUCUUCUGCGUGAAGUGCGGCCAUACGGCCACACACCAGGCCCGGGGCCCGCGGGACCCGGCCGGCCAGGCCGCGCAGCCCGGCAGCAGGCUGCCGGAAAUCCCCGGGGCCAGCGGCGGUCGCGCCAGGGCACAGGAGGCGGGCGCCGAGCUGCCUCCCCUCCCCGCGCCUGCGCGCGUCCCGGCGGCCCAGGCCCUGCCCGCCGAGCUCCAGGAGGCGCCUGGCGCCCCGCGGCAGCCGCAGGACCCCAACGGCGGCCAGAUCGAGUGGGCCCGCCAGACCAGCGGCAGCCCCGCGAGCCGGCCCGGGGCCGAGGCCCAGGCCGUCCCGCAGCAGGCCGCCCCGGGCCCACCGAGGGAGCUGCCGCCGAUCCAGCAGCCGCUCCAGGCGGCGGCGCCGCCGCCGCAGCCCUUGCAGCAGCCGGAGCAGCAGCUGCACCACCCCCCGGAGCUGCAGCACCAGGCGACGCAGCAGCAGCAGCCGGUCCACGAGCAGGCGCCCGUCCAGCAGCAGCAGACGCUCAGGCAGCAGCAGCAGCAGCCGCAGCAACACGUGGAGUCGAGAAGAUCUCAGGCCGCGGCGGCCCGCGCGGGGGCGUCGCCCGACGCGGCGCGGGAGCAGACGCCGAAGAGGGCCUCGGUGGCCGCCGUCGAGGACUUGGGGCCGUCGAACAUGGCGGCGACGCGGGCCGGGAGCCCGCCGCCGCUGCUGGUGAUGGGGCGCGACGGGCGCGAGCGGCGCUCCAAGGUCUCGGAUAUGCCCUCGACGAUGAACCCGCAGGACCCCCGCGGCCCGCGCCGGCAGGUGAACGGCCGCAGGGUGAACCGCGGUGCUGGGCUGGGGGCCGUGGCCGGGCAGCUGCGGGACAGGGCCACGGAGAACGCCGCCGUGGGGAAGGCGAAGCGGACCAAGGUGGAGGACGGCGCGGGACACGACGCGGAGUCGAGGUUGCUGCGGAGGACUAUGAUCAUGAAGAUACAGGCUGCGUGGCGACAGUACAUCAGGUCCAAGAAGUCGGCCAAGGAGGCCGAGCAGGCCAGGCACAGGGCGGCGACCCGGAUCCAGGCCCGCUGGCGCGCCUGGAUCGUGCGGCACCGGAAGCGGGCGAAGGCUGCCAUCGCCAUCCAGAGGGUGGCCCGCGGCUUCACGCUCCGCCUCAAGGCCAAGCGACGGAAGGCGGCGAUCACGAUCCAGCGCCACUUCCUGGGCAACAUUGAGCGCAGACGGCUGAAGAAGCUCCACCGGGCCGCCACGGAGAUCCAGGCCAGGUUCCGCGGCACCGGCCAGAGGAAGAGAUACCAGAUGCUCCGUAUGAAGACUAAGCACGCCGUCGAGGUGCUCCACGGCUUCUACCACCUGAUCCAAGCCAAGAAGAGAUUCAACGCCCUGCUGGCGGAGAGCAACGCCGAGGCCGAGAAGCAGGCCGCCGCCGUGAGCAUCCAGAAGGUCUUCCGUGCGCACAAGUCGCGGCAGUCCACGAUGGAGCUGAGGUUGAAAGUUCGAGGUGACGAGAGACAUCUCAGAGCCGUGCUGACGGUUCAGGCCUUCGUCAGGCGCAAGGCGGCGCAGAGGGUCAUGCAGAGGAUGCGGAAGAACAAGAUACAGGAGCUGUCCAACGCCGCGACCCGCAUUCGGGCCCACUGGCUGAAGUACAUGCACCUGAAGAGGUACAGGGAGCUCAGGGCGGAGUUCAAGACGCACGUGCCAUCCGUCUUGGUCCUCCAGCGCUACGCCCGUGGCUACCUCGUCCGCAUGAGGAUGUGGCGCGACGCGAUCCGCGCAGAGGAGGAGUUGUGGGCCGCAGUGGAGAUUCAGCGUUGCUGGCGAGGAUACUGCGGGCGCUUGAAGUGGGAGAUGGAGUACGAGACCGUGUGGAGCCGGGAGGCAGCUGUGCGGCGGCUACAAAGGCACGUCCGCGGCUGGCUGUCGCGCACGCGGGCCCACCGCAUCCGGAAGCGGCGGGCGCGCGCGGACUUCGAGCGGGCCAGGAGGCGCUUCAAGGCGGCGCAGCGCAUCCAGGCGCUGGCCCGCGGCCGCGCGGGCCGGAGGCGUGUGGCAGAGUUACGUGGACGCAAAGAUCAGGCCGCCACGACGGUCCAGCGCAUCUUCCGCGGGCGCAGGAAGAGGAUCGAGAUGCGGCACCAGGUGGUGGAUCGCAGGACGACGCAGAUCCAGGCCCUGGCGCGCGGCUUCCUGGUCCGCAGGCGCCGCGCCAGGUUCGAGGCCAAGGGCGGCCACACGGCCCUGACGCCGAGGCUCGAGGAUCACGGAGCGGACCUCCGCGCGGCCCUGACGGUGAGGAACACGUUCAUCGAGUUCGACGAGGCGGGCGUCGAGGACGCCCUCCGCGAGGGGCUGUGGGGGCGCCAGGCGUCCGAGCCCGCCAAACUCUGCGGUCGCCAGGUCUCGGACCAGACGACGAGCGCGUCCGGCGGCGCGGGGCCAGGCGGGUCCGACCAGGAGGACAGCUCCCAGAUCGCCCAGUACCUCGCGUCCAGCGCGUUCCGGUCGCAGGCGGCGGCGCUUGGCAACUUCGAGACUGCCGCCCUCGCCCUCGUGCUGCCGGAGGCCCCCGCCGCGGUGCAGGGCUAUACGCCUCUGGCCACGCCCGGCCUCUGCCGCCCCACCAUGCCGGCCGAGCUCCGCGCCCGCUCCCGCUCGCGCUCCCGCGGCGGCGGCGAGCCGCCCCGGCGCUCGCCGGACGCCGCCGACCGCGGCCGGGACGCCGACCGCGCCCGGGACGCGGACCGGCGCGACGCCGAGCGCCGGGAGGACCGGCGCGACGGAGACCGACGCGACCGGGACGGUGACCGCAGGGACCGCGACCGCCGAGACGGGGACCGCCGAGACGGCGACCGCCGAGACGGCGAUCGCCGAGAAGGCGAGCGUCGAGAAGGCGACCGCCGAGAAGGCGAGCGUCGAGAAGGCGACCGCCGGGACGGCGAGCGGCGAGACGGCGACCGCCGAGAAGGCGACCGCCGGGACGGCGAGCGGCGAGACGGCGAGCGGCGAGAAGGCGAGCGCCCCCGGGACAGCGACCGCAGAGAACGCUCCAAGGAGCGGGAGCGGGAGCGCUCGCGGGGGCGCCGGGGCCGCUCCCGCGAGCGCAGCCGGGAGCGAGACGGCGAGCGCGAGCCAGGACGUGACAAGAAUCGCGAUGGAAGGGAUGGUGAUUGGCGAUAUCGCGAUGGAGCUCGUGAGCGUGACAGAAGUUCAGACGACAAGGGCAGGAAGGAGAAGGACAGGGCCGACGAGAAAGGCGGCAAGACCGAGUCCGGCAAGCCCGAGGCCGACGCGGCGACCAGGCGGCGUGAGCGGAAAAGCAAGUGGGGGCAGGAGGCGGAGGAGCCGCCCGCGGCCGCGCCGGCACCCGCCUCGGGGCCCACGGCGCUGGCGCCUCUCCCGCCCGGGCUCAUGAAGCCCUCCAUGUGCAUGCUGUUCACGCAGGGCCUCUGCACGAAGGGCGACCAGUGCACGGGCGCGCACAACCUCCGGGACCUGGCGCCCGGAGGCCUGAAGCCCAAGCUCUGCCCGUCCUACGGGCAGGGCCGCUGCCCCCGCGGCGAGAUCUGCAUCUACGCGCACGGCCCCCACGAGCUGCCCCCGGGCUUCAAGUGCUCCAUGUGCUCCAACUGGAAGAAGGGCGACUGCCGCAGGCAGGCCAUCUGCCCGAACGCCCACGGCGACGAGGAGCUGGCGUUCUUCAAAAAGAUGAUCCAAGAGCACGCGCUCAAGACGGCGCAGAAGGCCACGCAGAUGCUGUCGCCCCACCUGCUGCAGGCCGCGCAGCUGAAGCUGGCCGCAUGCGGCGGUGGACAGCAGCCCGGCAGCGUGGCGUCGCUGGCGGCCGCGGCCGCGCUGCUGAAGGCGAAGGGGGGCGGCGACCCGCCGCCGAUGAUGAGGCCGCCCGGCGAGGUGCUGGCGCUGACGGCCUCCGCGGACAUCCCGAAGAAGCCUUCGGGGCUGCCCUUUGUGCCCCCCAGCGCCAUCAAUGCGCCGAGGCCCCACGAGCGGCGGUCUCCUCCCAAGACCUUCCAGCAGGGCCAAAAAAUAGCACCAGGGCAUCGACGACCGAAUUCCAGUCGAUGUCUCCUAGGCAGUCCGGGUAGGUCUACAGGUCCGGAGGGUUAUUUUUUAGCUCUCUGGAAGGCCAGGGUCCGUGUCCGCGCCCUCGCGGUCUGGAUUCCGGGGCGCGAUCCCGCGGAUACGAGGUACCGCACGGAUGCACGUUCCGCGCGGGGGCUUCCGCGAGAAAGCGUCCCGCAUCCGGAGGGUCGCGGCCCAAGGGCCCGGCCCGCGAGGCCGCGGUACGGAUAUGUGUUCGCCCACAAGAGGCCGACGGGGCUGCCCUUUGUGCCUCCCAGCGCCAUCAACGCGCCGAGGCCCCGCCGCCACACAAAGUGUGCACGCUGGGCUCAGACAUACGCUUGUGCUAUGUGUGCGUCGAAUCCGCAGGGGCGAUGCGCGCAUCGAAACGUGGCAGGCGUGUUCUGGCCCGACCGCUGGGCAUACUUCAAGAGGUGCGUACUGCGUGUCCCGGUCGAAAACAGAAGCCCUGGCGGGGCCUAAGAGACGGGGGUCAGUGCAAACGGGGGUCAGCCAGAGCGCCAGAUCCUGCAGGAUCCUGCGAAGGCCCCCUCUGGCUGACCCGGGUUAGCGAGCCGCUCGUGGCCGCGAGGCGGCCGCUCGUAUUGGCUGACCCGGGUUUGCGAAGACCUGCGUUGCAGUUUUUGGUUCCUGCAUUGCAGUUUUUGGUUUCCUGCUGACCCGGGUCUGGAUUGACCUGGGUCAGAAGAUCCCCGAUGGCGAGGAGCCCAACCAUUAGAAGCUGCGGGGACCGCGAGGCAAGUGAACAGGAGCAGGGAGGG